AAAUAAACAAGUGAUUAUCAACUGACCAGGUUUUGGAGUGACCCUGGGAAUGAUCUUCAAGGAACCGGCCACCAUCAACUACCCCUUCGAGAAAGGUCCCCUCAGUCCCAGGUUUCGUGGGGAGCAUGCCCUGCGGCGCUACCCCUCCGGUGAGGAGAGAUGUAUUGCCUGCAAACUGUGUGAAGCCAUUUGUCCUGCACAGGCCAUCACUAUAGAGGCGGAGGCGCGGUCUGAUGGCAGCAGGCGUACGACGAGAUACGACAUCGACAUGACAAAAUGUAUCUACUGUGGCUUCUGUCAGGAGGCCUGUCCUGUUGAUGCCAUCGUGGAGGGUCCGAACUUUGAAUACUCCACCGAGACCCGAGAAGAGCUGCUGUACAACAAGGAGAAACUCCUCAACAAUGGGGACAAGUGGGAGGCGGAGAUAGCCGCUAAUCUACAGGCCGACUAUUUGUAUAGAUAGACACGAGGUUGAGAGACAUUCUGAACCAUGCCAAUCAGCUGACGUCACACACAGAGGCUCAAGACAACGUAGAGGUCAACCAGGAAGUCAACAUUCGGGCAACACAGUGUAUUGGGAUGACCUGCACUUCACUACAAUUGUCCAGUGUACAUGUACUUUGUUUUGUGUUUUAUGCCUUCAUUGCCCUAAGCCUUUGUGUACAAAGUGUUGCUGGUUGCCAUGGUGAAGCAGAACGAAUGAGAGACUUUGCCGCCAUCUUGGAGCUCCGUGUGAAUACAGUUGUAGUGAGCUUAUUUAUGUUGAAGAUUAAUUGUGUCUCUCUGUUUGUACAUAAAACCUGCGAUGUAACUCAGACUCUUGACAGUGGUGGAGACAGCUGUGGAUCGUGACUGGAGAAACACAAAUAAAAUAUAUUAUGUUC